UGCUUUUACGAACUUAAAACCCUUUUGGAUGAAAAGACAACGCCCUAGGUAAGUAGAAAAUCAGCUAAACCUUCAAAGAAGUGAACUGCCCCUCUAAUUCUUUAAACAAUUAGUCCCCUCCCCAUUUAAUAUAAUAUGUAACUUGUUUGCUACCAGUGGCUUUGGAACGAUUUGGUCCUCAGUAAGAAGGAGUCUGUGUGUGUGUCUGUUGCCUCCCGCAGGACUCCAGUGGUAUGUCCCUGAGUAUGCUGGCAGCAGCAGGGGGACAGGAUGACAUCCUGAGGCUGCUGAUAAAGAAGGGGGUGAAGGGGAACGGACGGCAGAAGAACGGCACCACUGCCCUAAUGCACGCUGCAGAGAAGAACUUCCUGACCACAGUUGCUAUCCUCCUGGAGGCAGGGUCCUACGUCAACGCUCAAACACUGGGAGGAGAGACGGCCCUGAUGAAGGCUCCUGGACGGUCCUUUAUCUGAAGGUCAUCAGCGGAGAGUCUUUUUGAGGAAGAACAAAAUGGCCGGAGUGGAUUGAGUGACAGUUGCAAGACCCUGAGGGCUGUGGUCCAAACUCUCCUCUUGUGCAUUUUGUUAACUUCCCCUCAUUGAUUGAAAAGAAAUGGACUUGUCUAAGAAUUGUGGUGGAAACUCCCUCUGGCUUAUUCUUACACCAAUCCAAUGCUUUUAAAUCCAUGACUAGGAGUGGUCAGAGGCACACUUUGUGGAGAAGAGUAGAGAAUUGGAGUGCAGUAUUUUGAAACAGGGCAUUUGUCCCUGCUUGUGCGAGAGAGAAACAGCCAUGGUAGCUUAGAAUGCAAAUCCUGCUGAUUAACUACACAAGACCGAUUACGUCACAACUUUGACCAGCCAUUCAAGUCUGUGUCGUCCAUUUGUUGCAAUAGAAUUGGAGGGACUGCAAAAUGGGAAUAAGUGCUUG